GUUUUGUUCCUUCUCAGUUCUCUCUGUCUGCCAACGCUUAUGGACCAUUUCAACAAACUGAAUAGACCUUACUUCUGGAUUAAUUUUGAUAUUUUCAUGUCAGACCGACAUGAUCUCCUCAACAACAGGAGAAGACAACGCUGGGGUUUCCCUCAGUCAUGCCAGUCUGGGAAAUCUACACAAAGGGAGGGCACCUCAAAGAGUCUGCAAGUCAGAGCCUUUUCUUAAACCAAGAAUGUCCCUAAAGCAGGUGGGGUUUAUAAAGGCCAUUUUGUCAUCUUUCAAAUUUAAGUGCUCAGAAAGUGUCAGAGAGAAUAAAACUCCUGUGCCACUGGAUUUAGAGAAACCGAGGAAGAAAGGACAGAUGUUCAUCAGAGACAACAGCAUAAGAAACCAGCCACAGAAAAACAAGUCUGAGUUGCCACACCUUACACAUCAGGAAGAGAAAUCUGAAAAAGCAGGUGGUUCGCAGAUUCCCAAGGCAGAAUGGAAAACCCUGACAAGAUCACCAGCCAAAGUGAUUCUGGAUCCGAACACUGCGAAUCCCACUCUCAAGCUGUCUGCGGAUGGACACUCUGUGAGAACAAAGACCCACAAAGAGUUUCAUGCUGAAAAGAGUUACUAUGACUACUACAGAAAAUCCAAGCAUAAGUAUGAUGGCUGGAUGUGUGUCCAAGCUCAAGAAGGCUACAGUACAGGCAAACAUUACUGGGAGGUAGAUGUAAAGGGGAAAUAUGAUUGGAGAAUCGGUGUAGUGAAAGAGUCUGCACAGCGCAAUGGCUUUGCCAAACUGAACACAACAACAGGGUAUUGGACUCUGCGUCUGCAGUUAGGUUCUCUCAUAGCUCUGACUGAACCAGCCAUCAAACUCAAUCAGGAGCCGCCUUCGAAGAUAGGAGUGUAUCUAGAUUUGGAGGAAGGUCAGCUUACUUUCUAUGAUGCAUUGAAAAGGAAAGUUAUUUACAAGUUUGUAGCAGAAUUCAGUAAGUGUGAGAAACUUUACCCUGUGUUUGGAACCGUGGAGACAGAUCAACCUCUAAAGAUUCUCAAAACAUGACUUUUAACUGGUCUUUAUAUUGAUUGAAAUGUCCAUCAUUUAUAUCUAUCAGGGUCGUGGGGGAGCUGGAGUCAAAUCCCUGCUGACUUUGGGUGAGACGCAGGGUACACACUGAGCAUGUCACCAAUUUAUCACAGGGCUAACUAUGAGAAAAACAGCCAUACACAUUCACAUACACACUCACAUUCACACUUACAUUCACGCUUAUAGCCACACAGUUUAUUCUAUUAGAAUCAAUUGGUAGAUGGACCCCAAACUUGCACUUUUUUUUUUUAUGAAUGAACUACAAACAUUGCACAUGUAUUUUAAAAAAGCUACAAUUUUAUAAUUUACAGAUAUUAAUUUUCAUUUUCUCACCAAAUUCUUUAAUGAAAUCCGCAAUUGCAUAAUAUAGUUCCAUGUUAUUUUUGUGGCUGUAAAUUGGCUUUACUGGCACUGCUGACUUUAAAUGUAGUAUAUUAAAUGGCAUUUAUUGUGUAAGCUAGUCUGUACACUUAAGAAAUGUGAAAGAAAUUCCACUUUUUAUUAUGAAAAUAAAUUGUACUUUGUAAAAA